UCUUCCGCCGCCAUUUUAGUGCCCCGCUUUCUGGGUGCAGCUUUCUGUCGCGUCUCCAGCUCUCGUAGCCUGCCCCCGCUAUGGAGGACAUGACCGAGUACAGCGGCGGCCUGGAGGAGUUCGCCGAGGGCUCCAAGAUCAACGCCAGCAAGAACCAGCAGGACGAUGGUAAAAUGUUUAUAGGAGGCCUCAGCUGGGACACAAGCAAGAAAGACUUGACCGAAUAUUUAUCUCGGUUUGGAGAGGUGGUGGACUGCACAAUUAAAACAGAUCCAGUGACUGGGCGGUCCAGGGGAUUUGGCUUUGUGCUCUUCAAAGAUGCUGCCAGUGUUGACAAGGUAUUGGAACUGAAGGAACACAAACUGGAUGGCAAGUUAAUCGAUCCUAAAAGGGCAAAAGCACUGAAGGGAAAAGAGCCACCCAAAAAAGUGUUUGUUGGUGGACUGAGUCCAGAUACAUCUGAAGAACAAAUUAAAGAAUAUUUUGGUGCUUUUGGAGAGAUUGAAAAUAUUGAACUUCCCAUGGACACAAAGACAAAUGAAAGGAGGGGUUUUUGUUUCAUCACAUAUACAGAUGAAGAGCCAGUAAAAAAAUUAUUAGAAAGCCGAUACCAUCAGAUCGGUUCUGGCAAGUGUGAGAUCAAAGUAGCACAGCCCAAAGAAGUGUAUAGGCAGCAGCAGCAGCAACAACAGAAAGGUGGAAGAGGUGCUUCUUCUGGUGGCAGAGGUGGUGGCAGGGGGCGUGGCAGGGGCCAGGGACAAAACUGGAACCAAGGAUUUAAUAACUAUUAUGAUCAAGGAUAUGGAAAUUACAACAGCACUUACAGUGAUCCAAGCUACAGUAGUUAUGGUGGAUAUGAUUAUUCUGGUUACAAUUAUCCAAGCUAUGGAUAUGGACAGGGAUAUGCAGACUACAGUGGUCAACAAAGCACAUACGGAAAAGCAUCCCGAGGUGGCGGCAAUCACCAAAACAACUACCAGCCAUAUUAAAGCAGUACAUAGUACUUGGGGGGGCAGCAGGUGUGUAUAUGAGUGCAAGGACCACUUUCAGUAUGUCUAAUCUAAUUUAAAGAUCAAUAGACAAAUUAAAAUGAGUAAAAACAUUUUUCUUGUGUAGUCUGACUUUUUUAACUGAACUUUGUUAACUUAAAAUAUUUUUUUUUAAAACAUGCUUUGCCUAAAGUGUCUAUAGAUCUUUAACUUCGUAAAAUGUGAUUUCAUCUUCUUUAGUACUUCAGAAAAACUUAAGAGUUUUUCUGUUUGCGUUGUGUACCAGGUGGUCUAGAGGAAUAAUUAAACUUAUUAGAAAUAUUAACAGGUAAAGUACUGAAAUGGGUACAACUUAAGGAAAACAAGAAUGUUGUCUUCUAACUCUGACAUUAUACCUUGUUUGUACCCGCCAGCGGGAACUUCAUUGCAGGCCGUGUGUCACCCUGACCACGUCUAUCUCUGGGGGUCGCACGUUGCAGGCAGAGCGCAAGGCAUACACCAGAAAACGCUGUCCUGUGGUAUGGUCUCUUCCAACUUCAUGUACCAGCGUAAAGAUUAAAGUGGAAAACUUCAGACUUUGGCUUCUUUUUAAUCUUUUUGAAGAUUAAGUGUCUUAACUUAAAUGGUUUUUUACAGGAGUUAAAGUACAUAAAUGCCUUUACAGCUUAAUCAUUUUGGUCUUCUGUUUAGUGUUGUAUUUCAAUUGUGGAGCCUCAUUUUAAGUGUGCAUUCGUUAAGAUUUAAUGCUUGCUUUUUCUUUUUAUAGCUAAUAGUGAAAUCUGCAAACCAAAACGAACUUUUAAAUCUGGAAAAAAUUAAAGAUCAUAUGCACACAAACUACAUCAGGCUAAUCAUGUUUUUGGCAAUAUUCAUUCAAGAAUAAAGUUGCAGACAAAUUGUUUUCAUACUUAACAGCAUUUCUAGUGGAAACUUUUUCCACAGCCCAGUUUGUGACACACAAAUUGCAACUUCUUGCCUAAUUUGGAGAAUCGUUGUUCUGAAACAGCUUCCUGAAUGGGCUGAACUGCUAUAUUUGGGGAGACGAAAGAUUUAGUUACUCAAUAAUAAUAAUUUGUUAAAUAUGCAUAUGAUCUUUAACAGUGAAGAAAGGAAUAAAUAGAGGACUUAAAGCAGUUCAUGAAAAUGGACCUUUUGACGAUUCUUAUAAAAGUUGCACAGAUCUGAUUGUUAUUUUGUCUUGUUUUUAGGUGGCGAUACCACGACGAAGUCAUCUUGCAGAACAUCAGGAUUGAAUGGAGGGUGGUCUUCAUGACAUGAGAUGACUUUUACAAAAGACUUUUUAGAGUAUGACACAACAGUGUCCAACUGUAUAUAGCGGCUGAUUAGUUUUCUUUAUGGUUUUUACUUUGUCCUUUUUGCCAUCUGUGUUAUGACACAAUGUGGAUUUGUGUUUAUACAAAUUUUAUUUGUAUAAUUUCAUGUUAAGUGAUUCUUGAAUAAAUGCUUACUUAUGUGAGUCUGUC